GUUUUAACAGACGGACUACGGACAACUAGCUAGUUAGCGGCCGUUGGAAACAAAACCAGACUCCACUCAAAGCAAGUUCUCAUGUUAUCGAGUGAAGCCUUGGCUGUAUUCAGUUAAAUACCUAGCUAAACCACAUUUCAGAUUGAACUGUUUUCCUCCAGGGGAUUUAGACUUUCGUGGUGAAGAUGGGAGUACCGAAAUUUUACCGAUGGAUUUCAGAGCGAUAUCCCUGCCUCAGUGAAGUUGUCAAGGAACAUCAGAUUCCAGAGUUUGACAAUCUCUAUCUGGAUAUGAAUGGGAUUAUCCACCAAUGUUCCCACCCGAACGAUGAGGACGUCCACUUUCGCAUUUCCGAGGAGAAGAUUUUUGCCGACAUCUUCCAUUACCUGGAGGUGCUGUUCAGGAUCAUCAAGCCCCGCAAGGUGUUCUUCAUGGCGGUGGACGGCGUGGCACCAAGGGCGAAGAUGAACCAGCAAAGAGGACGGAGGUUCAGGUCUGCCAAAGAAGCAGAGGACAAGAUAAAAAAAGCUCUGGAAAAGGGAGAGGUGCUUCCCACAGAGGCUCGCUUCGACUCCAACUGUAUCACUCCUGGCACUGACUUCAUGGCCAGACUCCAGGAGCAGCUCAAGUAUUUUGUCCACAACAAGCUGUCCACCGACAAGCUGUGGCAGAACGUCAACGUCUACCUGUCGGGUCACGAGACUCCAGGCGAGGGCGAGCAUAAGAUCAUGGAGUUUAUUCGCUCUGAGAACAGAAAGCCAAGUCACAACCCCAACACCCGACACUGCCUGUACGGCCUGGAUGCUGACCUGAUCAUGUUGGGUUUGACCAGCCACGAGCCCAACUUCUCCCUGCUCAGAGAAGAGGUCCGCUUUGGAGGAAAGAAAAACCAGAAAAGGAUAACGGCUCCAGAGGAGACUACCUUUCAUUUGCUUCACUUGUCUCUGAUGAGGGAAUACAUCGAUUAUGAGUUUUCUGGGCUCAGGAGUCACCUCGGUUCUAAGUAUGACCUGGAGCGAAUAAUAGACGACUGGAUUCUAAUGGGCUUCCUAGUGGGGAACGAUUUCAUCCCCCACCUCCCAAAUCUUCACAUCAGUCAUGAUGCUUUGCCGCUGCUAUACAGGACCUACAUCUGUGCUCUGCCCACCAUAGGGGGCUAUCUCAACGAGAACGGCCACCUGAACCUCCGAAACUUUGAGAAAUACUUGGAGAAGCUCGCUGAGUUCGAUCGAGAGCAUUUCAAUGAGGUCUUCGUGGACUUGAAGUGGUUUGAGAGUAAAGUUGCUAACAAGUAUCUGAACGAGGCGGCCGGUAAGGCAGCAGAAGAGGAAGCCGCCAGCAGAGACAACGACAAGAAUCAGGAUUCUGUCUCAUCCGGAAGGCUGAUCGGAGAAGGAAAGGGAGGCGACGAUGAGGAAGAGGAGGAUGAUAUGUUUGAAACAGAGUUCAGACAGUACAAGCGCACGUACUAUAUGACCAAGAUGGAAGUGGAUGUGGUGUCAGAUGAUUUUCUGGCCAACCAGGCUAAGUGUUAUGUGGAAGGUAUCCAGUGGAUUCUUCACUACUAUUACCACGGGGUUCAGUCCUGGAGCUGGUACUAUCCCUUCCACUACGCUCCCUUCCUGUCGGACAUCAGGAAGAUAGCUGGGUUGAAGUUGACCUUUGACUUUGGGAGACCAUUCAUGCCCUUCCAGCAGCUGCUGGCCGUCCUGCCUGCUGCCAGCAUGGAGCUGCUGCCUGAGAGUUACAGGCACCUGAUGAGGAGUGAAAACUCACCCAUCAUUGAGUACUACCCUGUUGACUUCAAAACAGAUCUCAACGGCAAGCAGCAGGAGUGGGAGGCUGUGGUUCUGAUCCCCUUCAUAGAUGAGAGGUGCUUACUGGGCGCCAUGGAGCCCUAUAACGACAAGAUGACCAAAGCGGAGAAGGACAGGAACUGUCACACAGAUUGUGCCGUUUACUCGUACGACUCUGAGGUCGACUUCCCCUUAAACUCCAGCCUGCCGCAGCUCUUCCCCGACAUCAUGCACUGCAAAGUCAGGAAAUCAAACAUCCCUAUGGAUGCUUGGUAUGUUCCUCUGGACCACGUCAGCAGACGCCUCGACCGCUCAGCUCUGUACUUCUGCGGCUUCCCCACCCUGCAACACAUCAAACACAAGUUUUUCAAGAAGAAGAGUGGAGUGAUGGUGUUCCAGCAGAGCAGCCGAGGGGAGAACAUGAUACUGGAGAUCCUUCACACAGAGGAAAGCGAGGCGUUAUGUGAUGCUGUAUCUGCAAAGGUUCUUGGGAAGUCUGUGUUUGUCAACUGGCCGCAUCUAGAGGAAGCCCGCAUCAUCGCAGUGUCAGAUGGAGACGUCAAGUUCUGUCUAGAGGAACCGCCUGGUGUCCAGAGACUGUACGACAGGCCCUCCACCCCCCCCCCCUCUAAAGUCAACUGCAUGUCUGACAAGGAGCAGAAGGACUGGGUGAAGGACGUGCAGGGACUCACUGAAUAUUUCAAUAAGAGGAAAGGCAUCAUAGUGAACGAGACAUCGGUGGUUUUGUACGGCCAGACGCUGGCGGGAAGGAAAUACGUCCCCAAAGCCAACGGGGUGGUGGAGCUGGAGAAGCAGUGGGCCAAGCAGGUCCUCCCCUUCGCCUUCCAGACCGUGGUUAAGGACAUCGAGGCCUUUUGCUCGUCUGAGAGCUGCUUCAGGAGCCUAGACGAGCUUUUCCCUCCAGCAACAAAUGUCUUCAUGGUGGGGAACCCUUACUACGGAGCCAUGGGCGAGGUGCAGGACUCUAGUGAUGUAAUCAACGAAGGCCGUGUACGAGUGGUCUUCAACGUGCCGCACGAACCGCAGCUGGAGCCCUUAAUACAGAAUCAGCAUAAGUACUGUGUGAAGUACAGUCCCGGAUACAUUCUGGCUUCUCGUCUCGGCAUCACCAGCUACCUCGUCUCCCGCUUCUCGGGAAGCAUCUUCAUUGGCCGAGGCUCUAAGAGGAAUCCCUGUGGCGAGCAGAAAGCUAACGUUGGACUGAACCUGAAGUUCAACAAGAAGAACGAGGAGGUUCCUGGGUACACCAAGAAGACGGAGAAGGAGUGGCUCUACUCUAAUGCUGUGGAGGAACUGCUGGCCGAAUACCUGGACAGAUUUUCUGAGGUAUUCAACUUGGUGUCCAGGAACAGUCAUGAUGACGUUUUCUAUGAAGACGACAUCUGGUCUGGAGAGGACCACAAUGGGGCAGAGAAGGUCUCUGAAAUCACCUCAUGGCUGAAAAGUCACCCAGUGAGCUCCAUCAGCAGGUCGUCAUGUGACCUGCAGGUGCUGGACUCGGCCAUCGUGGAGAGGAUCGAGGAGGCGGCGGAGAAAGCCAAGGUGAAGAAGAGCACCAAGAAAGUCAGAGUGACAGUCAAGCCUCAUCUGCUCUUCAGGCCCAUGGAGCAACACCAGGGUGUGGUGCCGGACCCUGACUCAGAGUACCGCCUGUUUGACCGCAUCAUCAACACCAGGGAGGGCUUCUCCGUCCCCCUGGGAUGCAGAGGGACCAUCAUCGGCAUUCAAGGAGCGGAGCGUGAGGCCGAGGUUCUCUACGAAGUGCUUUUUGACGAUGAGUUUGCUGGAGGUCUCAACAUCAGGACUAAGUCUCCCCGUGGUUACCGCCUCCCCCCCUGCGCCCUCAUCAACCUCACCCACGGAGUGAGGGUGGAUCAAAGCUGCCACAAGCUCACUGCCAUCGUCAAACCUCAGCCCGCCGCCAACUUCAACUCCCAACGCCAGGGGUCCAGCCUCAACCACUCCCCCCGAUCCCCCUUCACCCCCACACAGCAUAACAGUAAACACGGCGUGGUGAAAGCAGCCUCCCAAGGUCUCGGGCAGAAACAACAGGCCAAGGAGUACAACAAUGUGUGGCAGUCUCUGCAGAACUCUGCUGACCCUCCUCUCCAACCUCCUGCUCACUGGCACAAUGAAGGACUUAGCCAACAGGGGAAGAACCAGCACGCUAACAAAGCUGCCCCAGUUGGUGGCAUCAGACUGUUGAAGAAAAAUGAAGACGUCAACUCCCUUUUCCCCCCCCAGAACACAGCCAAUAAGUCUACCACUGAGUUUGAGGACCUGAUAGCCAGCCUGCAGAUCUCCAAGGGCAACCAGCAAACUCUACCGCCUCCUGCUCCCCAACAAGUAACCACCAGCCAAUCAGAUGGCCCGCUGUCCCCUCAGUCCUUUGCAAUGAAGGGAACCCUGAUGCUGAAGGAGAUGCUGAAGAUUGACGGCGCUGGAACAGGAAGUCCCCCCCCUCAGGAGGCCGCCGGGGGCCAGCAGCAGAACAGGAGACGGUCCAACAAGAAACUGGCAGCCAAUAUGACCUCCCCCCGCGGUGACGGCCCUGUUUUACCCCCUCCAAAUCUCUCCAACGCCGUUCUGAACAGUAAGGUGUCGGAGCUGGCGUGCAUCUGUGUGGGGUUAGGGAUGGCCCCGCCCGACUUCAGCUUCAUAAGCAACAGACAGACUGUAGUGUGUCAGGUGAAGCUGUCCAAUGGGCUCAUGGUUCACGGUCCCCAGUGCCAAUCAGAAAAUGAUGCCAAGGAAAAAGCUGCCUUCUUUGCCCUCCAGAGACUGAACUCUUUGGGGUCGGGCUUCCCCCUCCCACCUGCUCUCUUCCCAGGAGUGGGUCAGAUACGACCCCCACCCUUAGGCAUGAACCCCGUCUUCAGCCAACAAGGCGGUAUGCUACUGCCUCCCCAGGGCUUCGGCCCCGGCCCCCUCUGGGGGAUGCCGCUGCCCCCCCACCACCACCCGAACCAGCAGUUCUUCGGAGCACCAGGACCCUUCCCUGGGGCCCCCCGCCCCCAGAACCCUGCAUCAAUGCCCAUCGGCUCACACAACCAGUUUGUCCCGCUGCAGGUGACCAAGAAACGAGUCUCCGCCAACAAGAAGAACCAGGACACUCGGGAGUUUUACAGCGCCGCCCACACUGUGACCAGGAACCAAUCACAGAAACCCCAGAACCAGCCCUUCGGCAAUCAGCUCGCUCAAUGCGAACCCCAGGGCGUUAACGUCGGCCAAGUAGCAGACCCCGUCUCCACGACAACAGCACUCCCACACACCCCUCCUCGACAAAACGUCCCGGCGACAGGCCACACCCCCAGCUCCUCCUCCAAGAAGAAGCACAGGAAACUGGCAGUCAACUUUGAGGCGGCGAAAGUGUCCGAGUGAUGAGCUGGUGUGUGUGUGUGAGUGUGUGUAAGUGUGUGAGGAGAGAGAAGUGUGCCUGGUGUUUUUAAGCUGCUGUUUUAAAGCCUGACUCGGCAUCUCUGAUCGAAACCUCAUCAAUGUGAAAGAUUUUUCCCACUUGCUAUGUCUAUGAACUUUUACUUUAUAAUGUUUCAGUAUGGGGAUUGAAUCUGUUUAUAGCACUAUAUCAUAGUAACAAGCACUUAUGAAUAUCCAUAAUACCAAAAAACACUGAUCCUUCGAAUGAGCAGUUAUGACCUUUAAGUCAUUAUAAAAUCAUUUAUAAUGUGUUUUGAUUAUCAUUAGAAAAAUUAUGGAUAUUUAUAAUUCCUUAUGACUCUACAGUGCUAUAUAAUGAUAAGUAUGGUUAUAUAACAUUAUAGACCUGGUGUAAAAGAAAGUGUUACUUUAUAGUCGUAUGUAGUUCACAAACAACAUUAUUCCCACUUCAAUCUAACAUAACCCCCUGAGAUCCUUACAUGAGUGUAACCCUGGUUCUUGCUCUGAACAGCUGAGAGGCGGGGGGGAUUCACAGACUUGAGUUGCUUUUGCCUUAGUUUUGGAUUCUCAGGGACAUUUACUCUGCACACUGAAGCUUCGGACUUGCACUCAAGUGUCAACUACUUCCUGCUUCCUAAUACUUAGUUAUCCACAUGUAAGUCUUGAGAAAACUACUUGCAUACGGGGUAUUUAUGCUGUUUGAGGUUUGGAUCAGCGGUGUGUUUUAAUGUUGUUUUGUAAUCCUCUCCCAUCAAGUCUUUUAUUUCCUUCAUACUCCUGAAGCUUUGCUGCAUUUUUAUACUUUUUUAUUUAUGGUUUGUGACGCGCCAAAGUAAAAAGUUAAAGUGCAAAAUUAUGACAUGAUAAACUAUUGGAAUAAAAAAAAAAAAGAAAAGUUCCGAAUAUACGGCCACUGCAGCACAUAGUCAGAUUCCAACUGUUGAAAAUGUCAGGCUUUUUCUUUUUUGUCAAUUACAUUUUUUAUAAAUGGAGUCCUUUUUUAUUUGAAUGUUGCCGUCUGUCAGAUGUCUCGAGCUCUGUUGGCCCUCCAUUUCGUGGCAGAUUAUUGUGGCAGAUUUUACACAGGUGCAAAAAAGAUGAAAAAUAUAUUUUUAGCUUCCACUAGUGUAUUUUUUAAAGAGAUCCGACAACUUUUCUUGUGAAUUUGGGAGCUUCCGUAGUUUAUAAUUACAUGUACUUUUCACAUCUUAAAUGGUAAUAAAAGACAACGGUUAGAAUUUGAUUGAUUGUGGAAGAUUUGAGUAUUUGUCCAAAAAUGAAGAUACUUGAGUUAUUACAGUUAUUCUUUUUGUAUCUGUGUAAAUGCAGCCUUGUUAUCUGAUUGAUAUAUUAAAAACAUUACGUCCCUACUAAAUUCUCUUUGAGAUUAAUGUUAGAAACGUUGCUUGGUUGUUUUUUUUUAAAGCUGUUUGGAUAUUUAAAAUUCUGGGACGUACACAUUAAUUUUUUUUUUCUUCAGAUUUUAUGGAUACUCUUUUUCAAGACAGUCUUGGGGUCUUUUCUAAGCAAGUUAUUGUUUCAAUAAUGUUUGAGUUGGAAAUGCAGUGCUGGAAGCAGCUGUAGCUACUUAAAUUAAGUGUCUUUACGUUGUCCUUGUAUGGAGGCACACAGGCGUGAAUGUGGUGAGAAUGCCAUUCUAAAUCAGAUAUCCUUACGCCGACCCUAGGUCUCUACAAGGUUUGUAGGGCUCUGAUGAAAUAGGGGGUGUUUCAAAAACAUUUGGAAAUGAAGGCACACCUGUUGUAUAGUAAUUUCUCUUGAAAAAGUGAAACAAAGUACGUACAUUUCAACAUGAAGAGCUCAUGAUUUGCUUUUUUUGAUCCAGGAAUGUGCUGUACAUAUCCAUUUAAUAAAUUACUUCUUUUUGUUA